CUUUGCUCAAGCUCUCAAGUUACUGCCAAGGACUUUUCCUGUGGAGCAGAGAGACUGAGUGUGUGCCAGCAUGGCAGAAAAAGUGAACAACUUCCCUCCCCUGCCCAAGUUCAUCCCCCUGAAGCCAUGUUUCUACCAGGACUUCGAUGCUGAGAUCCCACCGCAGCACCGGAGCAUGGCCAAGCGGCUUUACUACCUCUGGAUGUUGAACAGCAUCACCUUGGCGGUGAACCUGGUGGGCUGCCUCGCGUGGCUCAUCGGAGGCGGCGGAGCUGUAAAUUUUGGACUGGCAAUUCUCUGGCUCAUUCUCUUUACGCCCUGCUCCUAUGUCUGCUGGUUUAGACCUAUUUACAAAGCUUUCAAGACAGACAGCUCCUUCAGCUUCAUGGCCUUCUUCUUCACCUUCAUGGCCCAGCUGGUGAUCAGCAUUAUCCAAGCAGUGGGAAUCCCUGGAUGGGGGGUCUGCGGCUGGAUUGCAGCCAUCUCCUUCUUCGGGACCAAUGUGGGCUCAGCUGUGGUGAUGCUGAUCCCCACGGUGCUCUUCACGGUGAUGGCCGUCUUCUCCUUCAUCGCCCUCACCAUGGUGCACAAGUUCUACCGGGGGAGCGGCGGGAGCUUCAGCAAGGCACAGGAGGAGUGGACCACAGGGGCGUGGAAGAACCCCCAUGUGCAGCAGGCGGCGCAGAACGCGGCCAUGGGGGCAGCGCAGGGCGCCAUGAUGCAGCACGAGACGCAGUACUCGGCCACCCCCAACUACACCUACUCCAACGAGAUGUGAGCAGCAGGACUCUGUCCUCAGGAGGAGGAAGAGGAGGAGGAGGAAGGCUGAGCUGAGUUUCUGCAGCUGUUCCGGAAAGUCAGAGUGUACCAUAAUGGUGGUUCUUUUCCCGUUCUUUGUAAUCCUUUGGGAUUUUUCUUUCUUUUCUCUUUUGUUUCUUUGUUUUUUCCUUCUUUCUUUUUUCUUUCUGAAGAGGCCACAAGCUGACCUGCAGGGCUCUUGUUGUGUGUGGUAGUCAGUGUCUGUUCCUGUGUCUUCUUUUUCCCUGUGGAUUAGUGUAUGGUGGUGGUUUUUUAAUUACUGUGGUGAUAGGUGUAUGUUAGAACCUCAUCAGCCAAAAGCUCCCACACACCCCCAAAAAGGGAAAAAUAGCAACCAGCACCCAUCUUCCCUCGUGGAAUAAGCCCUGACUCACAGGUUUCUGAUGUGUGUCUGUUUUCUUUUUGAGUUGGUAGUGUCCAGCCACUUGCCACUGUCUCAGCAAGGGCAAGCAAUCCUGGGAAUUCUCCUUUUCCUUUUGCUUUUUAACUGGCAGGUGGCUGGCUGAUUUAGCAUUUACAGAAACAA